UGUACAGUACUAGUGUUUUGUUUUAUGAAAGACUCUAAUGCCUUAAUGAUUCACUAUUUUCCCAAUAUUCGGUAAAUCGAGAAAUGAAAGCGAUAGUUGACUGGUUGACCUCGAUGUCUGGACGCGGUUGCCUAACUUAAGAAGUCUGCCGCGAGAAUGAAAUCGAUUCGACAGUUGCAAAGCCCUAACCAUUCUGAUCUUUCAAGCUUGGUUAAAGCUUAAAUUCCACGCACAGUAGGAGCUUUUGUCAUCAAAGUCACCAGCGUGAACACUAGGUUUUAACAAAAUAUCAGUGGAAGAAAUGACUCAUAUUAAAUUGGAGAACCUAGAGAACAUGACUCUUGUCAACCGUGAAGCGCUCCCUGCCGGUUCUUAUACGCAAGAGGUUCGACGCCAGUCAGACACCGAGUUCACAGAAAUGGAUUACGUUGACUCUGACAUGUCUGUUUUGUCACAGUUUCACGAGGACGCCAUCUCUCAGGCAGGGUUUGGAAGAUUUCAGUGGAUUGUGUUUAUGAUCCUUGGGUUAGGAUUAGCUGCUGAUUCCAUUGAAGUCUUGGUGAUAGCUUAUAUCCUUCCCAGUGCUGAAAGAGAGCUCUGCAUGGAAGCUUCACAGAAAGGAUGGCUAGUGGGGAUAUCUUUCUUGGGAAUGAUGAUAGGAGGGCUUGUAUGGGGAAUUCUUGCGGACAAAAUUGGCCGCAGGAGGACGCUACUGUCUGCUCUUUCGGCUAAUGCAAUAUUUGCAUUAAUUACCGCCUUCAUGCCUACCUACGGUUUAUUUAUGUUGACCCGACUCUGCAGUGGUAUUGGAGUAGGCGGAUCUCUUCCGAUUGUGUUCACAUACUAUAGUGAAUUUCUAAUCAGAAGGCAUAGAGGGCGCCAUCUCAGCUGGUUGCUGAUAUUUUGGGGUGUAGGUGGCGUAUUUGUCGCCCUCAUGGCAUGGGCAAUAAUACCUCGAACAGGUUUUACUAUUCUUCUGUCAGAGAAACUUCACUUUGCAAGCUGGCGAAUCUUUUUGGUAAUAUGUGCCCUUCCUGCUGUCAUAUCUUCAAUUGGACUGUUUUUUCUUCCAGAGAGUCCAAGAUUUCUUUUGGAGAAAGGACGUGACGGUGAAGCAAUGGUCAUUUAUCAAAACAUCUUCAAAACCAACCAUGCUCACUCACCAGGAUCAGAGUACCAGCUUUCUGACAUGGAAAUGCCAACAAGACAACUGUUUACCAUCCCUUUGCCGACCAGGAGAGGUCUUCUUGCGGAAUUAAUCGAUGCCUUAGAUUCAUUCUGGAAUUCUCUGAUGCAGAUCGUUUGUCGUCCUUACACUCGAAUAACUGCGGUGUUACUCGUGGUUUGGGUAACAACUGCUUUUGGCUUUUACGGGAUGUCCAUUUGGUUCCCAGAAUACAUCAAGAAGAUUACAGUGGACGAGUUUCGUGCCCGAGCUUCUAGUGAGGUCAACAAGACUAUCCACAACACAGUAUUCAAUAACACCAUGGAAAAUAUCCAUUAUUAUAACACUUACUUCGAAAAUGUACGUUUUGAGGACAUGGUGCUGAGCCACUGUACGUUUACCAAUUGUACAUUUCUAAAUUGUACGUUCAGUGAUGUACGCUCCAGUAAAACGUUCUUUCGCCGAACUGAAUUCUACAGUGCUUACUUCUACGAUACUGAUUUCCAUGAAUAUCGAUUUCAGGAUUGUAACUUGGAGAAUUCUCAUUUUAUCAGCACGACGGCUGGUUGCACCAUCGACUUUGAUAUCAACUACAACCUCCAAACAGUAUUUCUCGAGAAUCUCUUCGCUCAGAUGGCUAUCAUCCCAGGCAAUAUUUUGUCUUCUUAUGUUAUUGACCGUCUUGGAAGAGUGAAAACCAUGGCUUCUUCGUUGUUCCUGACUAGUUUGAGUGCUUUCUUUAUCUGGUUCUUGGAUACUAAAGCUUCUGUCAUUGGGUUUGAAGCUGUUUUCAACUUCAUUUCAAUCUCUGGAUGGAACGCUUUGGAUGUUAUUACAACUGAGUCUUACUGCGCAACUCUCAGAACUACAGGAUAUGGUUUUCUGAGUGCGAUUAGUCGCUUUUCGGCCAUUCUUGGAAGCCUGACGUUCGCAAACUUCAUCAACAUUAGCAAAGCAGUGCCCAUGCUGACCACCGCCAUUGUUCUUUUUACUGGAUGUCUAAUUGCUUUCAAGUUGCCCGAAACUAAAGAUACACUUAUGUGAUGUGGGUAUGGAAAAUUUGUUCCACUUGUGUCAAGUUCCGGAUUGUACUUACUACGUGUUCUGCAGUCACUCCUCUUCAGUGAAGGGAGAAGGAGAUCUGAUGGGAUGGCCGGAAUUUUGUCACCUGAAACAAAACUUACGAUAAUAUAUGAACAACACUCUUAAAUUACAGUGGGAUAUGUGGUGGGCAAUACUGCAGAAAAUUUUAGUUAAAGAAAACUUUUAAUUUCCAAACUGAUUUUUUUCUCGAAGAAUGAAAUCCCAAUAUGGUGAUUGAUAUCUUUAUCUUCUCGGUGUAUAUUGGUGAAUUACGAUAUAAAAUAGUGUUAAUAUAAAAUAAAAUUAACAAAUUUAGGCUUUCAAGAGAGAGGUUUAACAGUUGAUUCCGGUCUUGGUAAUUUAAUUUAUAAAACAAAAACAAAUCGUUUAGAAGCCAAUAUAUUAUUGUAAGUCUUAAAUAGCUAUGGGAAAACUCGACAUUGUUUAUAAUAUAAUUGUUAAUAAAGUUACUGAAUGAUGUUACAUUCCCCACACCUGAUUGUGUGGAAGUUGUUAAAGUCUCCUACAAAUAAUUUACAAAUUGAUAAAGAAAACAAAACAAUAAUCCCGUUUUUUACUCAAUGUGCUUGUGUUUUAGGUUUUAUCAUUAAAUUUUUAAUAUAUUUAUUGUUUAAAUCGUAGAACCCACCACUCUAGUCUUGUGUUAUUUUUUAGCGUCUACUCUAUGUUUUACAGGUAUCAGGUUCUUAUAAUGUGCCACUUGCCAUCUAUGUUAUUGUAAAACAAACUCGGAAAAGGCCAAGGACUUGCUUUAAUUAUAACAAAUUCACCAGUGUGUAAAACAUUCAAGCUCAUGUGCCAUAAAAUAAAAGUUUGUGUUUAAUUAUAUAAAUAAAAAACAUAACUCCUGGCUGUGGAAAACUCUGUAAAAUUCAUUCAGAAACAUAUUUUGUUAUGUAUAGUGCUUAUAAUUAUUGUUGUUUAGAGAUUUCUAAUUAGCGUAUGGUAUCAGUAUAUGAUAUCAUGAUAGUGAUUUAAUCAGCUAUUUCUAUUGAAUAACUAAAUACUAAAAUGAUUUAAUUCAUUGUUGCAAGCAAUCGUGUGAAUUAUGUUUGCAAUCAAAAUUAUAAUAGUAUUGUUUCAGUUGAUAAACCGUUGGAGGUCGCUGAAUACCAUGAGUCCUAAACAAUGUUUACUUUAAACAAAUUAGUCAAAAUUUAUUUAUUUAUUUAUUUUUACAUUAUUACAUUAUUUAUAAAUUAUUUUGAAAUAUGAUGAUAAAUGAUUUAAUCCUGAAAGGUAAGUUGCUUUACAACGCACAGUUUCAAUAACACUAAUAAUGUAUUCGCUUCCCGUUUGCGAAUUUAUUUUCUUGUAAUAUGUUUAUUUUUCGUUUAAAUUUACAAGAAUUAACGUGUGUAAUGCUUUUAUUGUAUCCAUUAAGAAAGGUUUACCAGGUAUUUGAAUUCCAACUUUUUAUUAUAUAUCUUUAUAUGUUUUCUUUUUCGAUAUUUAUCUUUACUAAUGUUCGUCUUUCUGGUGCCAAGUGCAUUUCAGAUGUGCAAAAUAGAUUUGAAAUUCUGUUUUCGUAGUUGUUAUAUUGUGAAGCAUUUUUCAAUGUACAUUCCUGACAGUGUUCAUAGUAAGUGUGGUAAAAGUGUGAACAAUUUGGAGUUAUUAUUUAUGUUUUACAUUACUUGUUCGUGUGCCACAUGUAAACAUUAAAUUACAAGUGGAUAUUACAGAAAGGCUAUUAGUAUGAAACAGCUGGUAGUCUAAACUAGGUUAUGCUCAUUGUUGUCUUUCAUUUAUAUUCUUAGCAUGACUUUACAAACUUAAUUUAUGCAUUUUAAUUCAUUCCAUAUUAUUUAUUGUAUGAAUAUAUAAUAUUUUUUGUUAUAUUUGUCGUAAUAACCACAGCCAACAUUGCUCACGUUUAUUGUAAUAAUUACAAGGAUAGCCGUUCUGUGUGAAAACAUAUCUCGACUUAUUGAAAUCAUUUACCUAUGCAUCAAGAAGAAAUUAACAAAACGCAUAUGCAAAUUAUAACUGUGCAAAUUAAUAAAAUGCACGUACAAGUUGCAACUGAACAAACUAACACAACCCAAACGUAAGGUGUGACUGAACAAACUUACACAAUUCAAACAUAAGGUGUGACUGAACAAACUAACACAACCCAAACGUAAGGUGUGACUGAACAAACUUACACAAUUCAAACGUAAGGUGUGACUGAACAAACUAACACAACCCAAACGUAAGGUGUGACUGAACAAACUAACACAACCCAAACGUAAGGUGUGACUGAACAAACUAACACAACCCAAACGUAAGGUGUGACUGAACAAACUAACACAAUACAAAUGUAAGGUGUGACUGAACAAACUAACACAACCCAAACGUAAGGUGUGACUGAACAGACUUACACAAUUCAAACGUAAGGUGUGACUGAACAAACUAACACAACCCAAACGUAAGGUGUGACUGAACAAACUAACACAAUCCAAAUGUAAGGUGUGACUGAACAAACUAACACAAUUCAAACGUGAGAUGUGACUGAACAAACUAACACAAUUCAAACGUGAGAUGUGACUAAAAAAACUAACACAACUCAAACGUAAGGUGUGACUAAACAAACUUACACAACUCAAACGUAUGGUGUGAUUGAACAAACUAACACAACCCAAACAUAAGGUGUGACUGCAUAAACUAACACAACCCAAACGUAAGGUGUGACUGAACAAACUAACACAACCCAAACGUAAGGUGUGAUUGAAAAAAAUUACAAAGUGCAUGUUCAAAAUGUAACUGAACAGAUUAACCUCCCUCAGAAUCUAAUCGUUUAUUAAACGAGGCUUUGAGCAAAAAAUGCUCUGUUAUAAUUUAGGGUUUUCUACAUAUGUUUAUUAUAUCGAGUUUAGACAUUAAACAAGAAUAACAGUUGCUGUGAUUUUACUCAACUGCUAUUUAGAUGUAGUCUAAAAUAAAUUAUGACUGGGUGACACUUACUGUGCGUGAUAAAAUUUAUUUUUAUCCAGACCAGUGAGUUUGAAAACAUUGCAAUUUGAGAGGUCUGUUCUAAAGAAUUAUAUAGAACAAGUGUUCGUUUCCAAUAUUUAAUCUUGACGAAUUUAGUCUGUGAUCCUAGGCGUGAUUCAUUGUCGUCUUUAAUUAAAUAUAAAAACCUUACAUACAUGUAAACAGAAAUAUGAAUUAUUCUCAGCACAUUAGUCAAAAUAAUGAUACUUAACAACUAUAGUAAAUUAAUUUUUAGAUUUUAUGGAAGGAAAGUAAUGAAAUACUGCCCUAUCAUAAUGUGUAUGAUGUAUUCUAUUAUAUUUUAAAUGUUCUUAUUUUUCAUUUUGAAUGCUGUGGAUAACCUACUUUUACGUACAAAAUAAAUUUUAUUUAGCAUUAUAAAAUAGAAGCACAAAUUUAAUAUAUUUAACAAUGUAAAAACCAGCCCCACAGUGGCAUAGCGGCACGUCUGUGGACUUACAAUGCUAGAAACCGGCUUUAGAUACCCGUGGUGGGCAGAGCACAGAUAGAUAAUGUAGAGCUUUGUGCUUAAUUACAAACAAACAAUGUAAAAACGUAAAAUUUAACACAUAGUUAAAACUGUGGUAGAAGCAGCAUAACGCUUAGCCUUUUGGGUUUCUUUUUUUUUUUGAUUAACAGUGGAUAAGCAUUUUUGUGUAGUAAAGACAAAAAGUGUGUUUGUAGCUAAGCGCAAAGCUACACAAUGGGCUAUCUGUGUUCUGCCCACCACAGGUAUCGAAACCCGGUUUCUAGCGUUUUAUGUACGCAGGCGUACCGCUGUGCCACUGGAGGGCAAAGAGAAAAAGAAAAAUUACCUUGAUAGUUCUCAACUUUAUUUACAUAUAUUUUUAUACAUUGCCUAAGUUGAAAAAAUUACCCAUUUUGUAAGGUUGCGGAAACCUUUUAAGAUAUCUUAAAUUACGUAUUUGUUUAGUUAACCCUAAAAUAACUGUGCAUUGAAGAAAAAAUAUAUAUUAAUUUGUUUCUUAAAUAAUAUAUUUAUUUUAUUGUUGUUAAAUAAUGAGACUUUAUGAAAAACUGGAUGGUCUAAUAAUAUUAUAAAUAAUUAUCUCUUCAAAUCUGAUUUUUCGGUGUAGUAAAGCUUUGAAAUUUCUUUUAAACACUUAAUUUCGCAGUUUUUCUCGUAAAGUAAAUAUAUUUUUUUGAAAUAUUGAAAUUCUUAGAUAAACAUUAGCAUCAUUUAUUUGACAAAGUAUAUUACUGACUGUUUACCUAAAGUUUAAAGUUGUAUAACUAUGGAAGAAUAUCAAUGAUACUUCUGGUACGUUAUGCCGAGAUAGUAAUGUAUCGAGAUAGAAGUACUUUAAGCAUGUAAAUGUCAAAAUAACAUCUUGCAAUCUAAUUAAAUUAAUGUAAUUUCUUUCUUGUUGAAUAAAAGCAGUUAAUAUGUAUACUUCA